AUGUCUUCUGAGACCCCCGAAACCACUGGCUCUCUUGCCGACCGAAUUACCAACCCUGAUGUCACCCCUGACACCCAACCCGCCGCUGCUACGGAAGAUGGUGCCGGAGCUCAGCUCCAGGGCUCGGAGCUCAACGAGCCGGACUAUACCGUGGAGGUCAAACUGAGCGAUCUUCAAGCCGAUCCCAACAACCCCCUGUUCUCUGCGAAGACUUUCGAGCAGCUAGGACUCGAUGAGCGCAUCCUCAAGGGCCUUUCCAAGAUGGGCUUUCGCAAACCUUCCAAGGUCCAGGAACGUGCCCUACCCUUGCUAAUGGCCAACCCCGCGCAGAACUUCGUUGGUCAAUCCCAAUCAGGCACGGGUAAGACCGCAGCCUUUGUCCUCAACGUCCUCAGCCGUCUCGACCUUUCCCCGGAUAUGCAGACUAGGCCACAGGCUCUCAUCCUGGCCCCUACGCGCGAACUGGCACGUCAAAUUGUCGGUGUCAUUCAAAUCAUGGGUCAAUUCCUUGAGGGUCUAAUUAUCGGAACCGCUGUCCCUGCUGACUCGAAUACUCGCCCUGCCAGAAUGGCCUGUUCUGUUGUUGUUGGAACCCCCGGUACUGUGAUGGACAUGAUGAAGAAACGCAUCCUUGCGCCAAAUGAUAUUGCCGUUCUUGUCCUGGACGAGGCCGACAACAUGCUCGAUCUCCAAGGCAUGGGUGACCAAUGUAUCCGUGUCAAGUCUGCGCUCCGCCCGACUACUCAGAUCGUCCUCUUCUCCGCCACCUUCCCCGAACAUGUUAGCGAGUACUCCAAGAAGUUUGCCAAGGACCCCAACGAGAUCAGACUUCAGCACGAGGAGUUGACAGUGGAGGGUAUCAAACAACUCUAUAUUGACUGUAACGACGAGGAGGAGAAGUACAACAACCUCGUUCAGCUCUAUGGUCUUCUGACUGUGGGCUCAUCCAUUAUCUUCGUCCGGACUCGUAACUCGGCCGCCGAAAUAGAGAAGCGGAUGGUCGCAGAGGGUCACACUGUGGCGUCGUUGACUGGAGGUAUUGAAGGUAGCCAACGUGACACUGUUAUCGAUGCUUUCCGUAGUGGUGAUGCCAAGGUUCUCAUCACCACCAAUGUUCUUGCUCGUGGAAUUGAUGUCUCAACCGUCUCCCUGGUGGUCAACUAUGACAUCCCCGACCACCAUACCCCGGGCCGUCCCCGCGAGCCCGACUUUCAGACCUACUUGCACCGUAUCGGUCGUACUGGCCGUUUUGGUCGCAUCGGCGUUGCGAUUUCAUUCGUUGCCAACCAGGAAGAGUGGAACAUGCUGCGCAAGAUCCAGCAGCACUUCGGUUGCCAGAUCGAUCGCGUUGAUACCGGUGACUGGGACGAGGUCGAAGAGGUCAUCAAGAAGACCAUUAAGAACUCUCGCGCUCAGGCCAACUUCGCCGCCAACCAGCAAUAA